AUGUCCUCAAACCUGGAAGAACAACAGCCCGUGAAGCAGAAAGUGCCAGGCCAAAGCCCCUUGCCCCAGGCAGAGUUGCCACAAAUCCCGGAGUUCCAGAGGUCUCAGGGCAGAGUCAGUGUCAAGAAGCUGCUCAAGAACAAGAUCAUGCCCAAGCUGAACAAGCCCAAGCUGAACAAGUCCCAGAACCCUCUUCCCCCCGCCGGCGAGGAGCCAGAGGUGAGCGAUGCCGCAGGAACAUCUCCGGCAAACUCUGCCUUGGGCCGCGACAGCGAGAAGAACGAGGCCGGCAGGCAACUGAAACCCGAGAGUGAGCCCGACAACCUGCCGGAGCUGCCUGGCAAGCCGGAGGAGGCAAAGGAGGAGGCGGAUCCCAAGGAGGCCGAGAAGCCCCACGAGCCUUCUGGGCCCCGGGCCCAGCACCGCCGUCGGCGCCGACGCUUGAGUCCCGAGCCACAGUUUUCUGAGCGCCUGGCCAGCAGAGGAAGGUCCUCUGCCAAGCACCUUGCCUCAGGCGCCAAGUUCAAGAACGAGCUAGCUGGCACGCCCCUGGCCUGCGACUACUUCCAGUCACACUUCGGGGACAACUCGGAAGCCCUCACAACCAUCUUCAAGAGCGUCAUGCACAGAGUGGAGCAAGUUGACCCCACAUUCACAUAUUCCCGCAAGCCUGUUGCAACCAAUGUCCCUGAUGUACCAGAGCUUGGAGAAUCCCUAGAGUUGAAUUUGAUGCCAUGGCAUCUGAGCUUCGACCCCAGCUUGUCUCUGAAGGGCAAGUCCAAAAUGGUGUACAUCAAGACCUGUGUCACUGACUUCCUGGAGCGGCCCUACAACUCGAUGGAGAACCCGAUACACGUGUUCUUUCCGAAAAAGUGCAACACACCCGGGCAGGCCAUUCAGAGCUACGGAGUGGGACAUGGCAUCGGGUUUGCCAAGAGCCUUGCCAUCAAGAUGCUCCUGCUGGGUGUGGUUCAGAUGCAGCUGUCCGACGCAGAGCUCAAGGCCAUCGCUCCGCAGCUGAAGGCAUUGUUCAGCUUCCGCUGCCUCUACAAGACUUUGGGGGACGAGAAGCAGGACCGCAUCCAGUGCCUGAAGGACAAGUUUGGCGAGGCUGCCCGGCCGCGGCCAGAUUGCAUCCAAGUCUGCACCAUUUUGCAGGCCCAGGCCAGGGAGGAAGGUGCGCAGUGGGAGCAUGCUGCAGCUCGCAUGAUCUCUGAAUUCAACAAGGGUAGCACCAACGAAGUCAAGCAACUUUCAGACUUGGAGAUGUGCAUCGUGAAAGUCCUGCCAUCGAUUGAGGAGGACACCCUCAAGAUGAUCGACUACCAUUGGCAGAACCAUGCCAUAAAGACCAGCGCCUUGCCAUACAAAGUGCUGGCCACUGACGCAUUCAUGAGUGGGUCAAAGCCAAAGCCAAGCCAGGACUCCAAGCUUUGGCGUGACAUCCUCAGCUUGAGCAACGAGAAACGGCACUGGUACAUCACACGCAAGAUCAGGCUCUACCUCUUCAAGAUUGCGGAUGCGAAGCGGCUGAGGAGGAAGGUCAGCCCAAACAGCAUCCGUGACGAGAGGGACAACGACAGUGCUUGGGCAAUCGCUUGCAUUUUCACGCAUUUCCAAGAGGCCUGGAGCGGCCUUGUCACUCAGAGCUCCUUGCAGCGCCUCCAGGACAACUUCUGCCGGGGAUACCUUGACACUGAGCUGCUUGAGAAGUACCGCCUGAUGAACCCCAGUCUUGCUGCCACGAGCUUCCGGUUCUUGGCGGAAGUCGGCUACCAGGUCGAGCUUGCCGCUGACCUGCAAAAGGCCGAGCUCGCCCAGACCAAGGCGCGCCUGCUGAAGGAGCAGCGGCAGUGGAUGCAGUUCAACGAGUCUUUGGAGGAGUUCAAGCUGGCCACCGUUGGGAUGAAGCAGGAGCACGUGGACAAGCAACGUGAUGUGCAGCGAGCGGCCAUAGAAGACUUUGCAGACCUCUUCUUCCCCGUGAGGGACCUAGCAGAGAUCUCGCAUGGCCUCACCUUUGCGGAGGCCAGCAUCCACAAGUGCUGCGGCAAGAUGUCGGCGCCGCAGGAAGCAGUCUUCAAGGUGUAUUGGCUGAACUCCGCAGUGCUGGGCUAUGAUGCAGUGCUUGGAGUCUCCGAGGCCGUUGCAGAGUACGCAAGCCAUGUGGCAAGCAGCCCAGCGAGCUCGUGCAUUCUGGUUGCCGCUCCAACAGCAGGCGCUUGGGGGAGCGAGUACCAUGAGACUGCAAUCGUUGAGGCCACAGAGAAGGUGCGCCAGUUGCUGCAGCACAGCGAGCGCAGGCUGCUGGUUCGGGAGGUGUGCCUGCCCUUCCAAGUUGACAGCAUCCAGGCACAGUCAAAGCGGCCAGGAAUGCACAAAAUUUUCCUUUGCGUUUCUGACCAGUGUGAUGCAUCCGGCCAGCCGGUCUCCAAGUUCACGCAGUCCCAGCUUUGGAAGAGACAGAUUGUGGCUGGGAGCAUCAAGGUCCCGAUGGCUGCAGUGAAGCAGAUGGUUGACCCGCGGAGGAGCUUCGUGGGUGCGUCUGGGCUGGCAGAAGCCUUGUGGUCUGGCAUGGGCCAAGUGCUUCCCAAGGCAAGCAUGGCUGCUUGGGUGGACGUUUUCAUGUACGACCAUUUUGCAGCCGAGGGCCUGAUGCGGGCAAUGGACAACCCGGCCAGUCCCGACAUGAUGUACAUUGGGCUGGUGUGGGCUGACAUGAGCUCCCGUGAUCCCUCCAACUCUGGCGCCCAGCGAACCUCCGCAGAGGUCGGUCAAGACAACGCGAAGAUCUGCAAAUGGGUGAGGAAGCAGAUUCGCCGAAAGCUGCAGGGCUAUGCCACUGAAGGGGCGUUGAGUGUACCUGGCUGGGAGCCCAUCACCGGGUUUCAGGAGACACGGGCUGUCCCACAAGUGACAGAAGCCGACUUCACACUGACCUACCCGGCAGCUUCCAACUUGCUUCCUCUGCGCAGCUGCAUCUUGGAGACUCUUGCCAACAAGUUCACUCACGGUGAUGCGGCAGCGGCUUGGGCAGAGCUGGUCAGUGAACACAAUGCUGUUUGGAACCCUUCUGGCACCCCCCAUGAGGAAACCAAAAAGCGAGCGGCGUCAGAGGAGGCAAGUGGCCACCACCCCAACAAGAAGGCCAAGGUGUUGGAGUCCAAGGCAGGGCAGCCAGCCUCUCUGGAGGAGCUCAUUGCGCAGAAGGGCGCUGUGGUUGACUUGACAGAGACGGUGUCCAACGCCCAUCUCUUCUUCACAGAUGGUGGGGAAAUCUGGGCUCUGGCUGACUCUGACACCACCUUGUCUGACCGUGGCCCGCCUCUGGCUCUCGUGUACGGGACGUUCAAGCUCAACGAGGAAGCAAGCACGGCAUCCAAGAAGAGCUCCUGCUUCCGUGCCACCUUCAACAGCGACACUGAGGAAGCGGUUUUCCGCAAGGCAGCCGACUCCGCCAAAGAAUGCAAGCUGCGGACAUUGCGCAGCUGGCUCAAUGAGCAGGAGCAGCUUGGCUGUGACAUCCAGGCAGUGGAGUUUGCCUGCCACUCCCUGAAGCCAGGCUCGGAGAAGGACAGCGCCGGGGACACCACAGGGCGGGUCUAUGAGGUUCAGGUGACGGACCCCUGUGUGUUCCUCCCUUCACGCACGCCGCGCAAGGUUGGGAGCGCAAAGGCCCCUGACUGGGAGGAUGCUGGAAGCUUGUCUGUCAGUGGCCAAGCCACGAAGAACUGGAAUCUUGAAGAAGGUACGCAUAAUUCAGGCAACCUUUCACUGAAGCACCGCUGGCUGUACAGUGACGGAGAGCAGGGGCAAACAUGCAACCCUGAGAAGCCUGGCUUGUUCCCGAGUGUGCCGUUGCAGCUGAAGCAGGGCAUUCUGGUGCAGCUUGCGUGA